AUGGCUACUGACCCAGCCUCUCUCAUCUCCGUCGGGUCUCUGAGGCAGGUUGUCCCUAUCUCGCCGUGUGGGAUCUUCGACGAGUCGAGAGCUACCGAGAGCCAGCCUAUUGUUCAAUGUGUGCAGAUCAAGCCGCUGGCUCCCCAGCCGAACGGACAAGAGCGCUAUCGGGCUGUUUUCAGCGAUAUUUCUAAUUAUGUGCAAACUAUGAUUGCCACCCUGAGGAUGCUGACCGAGAUUUGGAGGAUACUGAUUAUACUUGAUCUUGAGGUUCUCUCACACCUUGGAGAGUACGAAAAGAUUGGGGAUCCCAAGCCGCUCGAGACCAAACCCGAAGACGAGGAGAGGGCAGCACCCACGACGGUAUCCGGUAACAGCCAUUAUGGCUCGAAAGGCCAAGUUGGAAGUGAAGCCCACAAAGUUCGCCAUGCAUCAUCAUCAUCAUCAUCUGCACAUGCCACCAUCUAUCCAAUCGAAGCUAUAUCUCCAUAUUCGCACAAGUGGACAAUAAAAGCACGUUGCACAAGCAAAUCAGCCAUCAAAACGUGGCACCGUAGUAACUCGGAGGGGAAACUCUUCAGCGUCAACCUCCUGGAUGAUAGCGGGGAGAUCAAAGCUACAGGCUUUAACGAUCAGUGUGACAUGUUCUAUGACAUGUUCCAGGAGGGCUCUGUUUACUACAUCUCUAGCCCAUGCCGAGUGCAAAUCGCCAAAAAGCAAUUUUCAAAUUUGAAUAACGACUACGAGCUCACCUUUGAGAAAGACACGAUCGUUGAGAAGGCCGAAGACCAGGACAACGUCCCUCAAAUCCGAUUUAAUUUCACGAGCAUUGGCGACCUGCAAUCGGUCGAAAAGGACACUACAACCGAUAUCAUUGGGGUUAUAAAGGAAGUUGGCCAGACAUCGCAGAUAACUUCGAAAACAACGAAUAAGCCCUACGACAAACGAGACUUACUUCUUGUUGAUAACACCGGUUUCUCUGUUCGCCUCACGGUUUGGGGUAAUGUAGCUACCAAUUUCAGUGCCAUGCCUGAAUCCGUAGUGGCAUUCAAGGGCGUGAAAGUGUCCGAUUUCGGAGACAUCGAAGAAGCCCACAGACUCAAGGGCUGGUAUGAUGCACAAGGAAGGUCUGAUAAUUUCACGUCACAUGCUUCAAUGUCAGAUGCAGUUACAUCUGGUGGCGGAAGACCCGAUCAGUACAAGACAAUCGCCCAAAUCCGUGAAGAACAGUUGGGUAUGUCAGAAGAAGCAGAUUUCUUUUCUCUAAAGGCAACCAUCAUCUACAUCAAACAAGACAAUGUGAGCUAUCCCGCAUGUCCUUCGGCAGAAUGCAACAAGAAGGUCAGCGAGCUGGAUCCCGGUCAGUGGCGGUGUGAGAAAUGCGACAAAACAUACCCCAAGCCAGAAUAUCGCUAUAUUAUGCUUAUCAAUGUCAGCGAUCACACUGGCCAACUCUGGCUCAAUUGCUUUGAUGAAGUUGGAAGACUCAUCAUGGGCAAAACAGCGGAUGAUUUGGUAAACAUCAAGGCGGAGAAUGAGUACGAGGCAAGCGAGCUAUUCCAAGAAGCCAACUGCCAGACUUGGAACUUCCGAUGCAAGGCGAAGAUGGACCAUUAUGGCGAACAACAGAGAAUACGUUAUCAAAUAUCUUAUGCCAAGCCGAUUAAUUAUUCGGACGAAGCUACACGUUUGGCCAACCUUAUCCAAUCGUAUAGUCUUGCAUAA